AUGGAAGUUCCAGCUCUUACGAAACACAUCUCCAACGGCUAUUUUUUCAAAUUACGCAACUGCGUGUUCUUGGCUAGGAGAAACGGAAUUUUUCGCAGUUUGGGGAGUAGUUCACUUGAUUCGUCAAGAAACCAUGACACUUUUUCAUGGAACACGAAAAUAACGUCCUACUUUAAAAGUGGCGAUAUUGACUCUGCACGUAAACUGUUCGAUGAAAUGCCGCAGAGAAAUUUGGUGACUUGGAAUUGUAUGAUUUCUGGGUUUUGUAAGAAUCACAUGUUUAGUGAAGCUCGCUACAUGUUUGAUGUUAUGCCAACCAAGAAUGUAGUUUCAUGGACUGCUAUGUUAAGUGGGUAUAUUGGGUUUGCUAUGAUGGAAGAAGCGCGGAAUUUAUUCGACGAAAUACCCCAAGAGUUGAAAACCCAUGUUUGUUGGGAUAUUAUGUUAAAAGGGUACAUAAAAAGUGGAAGAAUUGCUGAGGCUAGAGAAUUGUUUGAUCAAUGUUGCCAUCGGAAUUUAGGCCUUUACAAUAGAAUGUUGGGUGGUUAUGUAAAAAUGGGAUGUGUUGAAGAGGCGUAUGAGCUAUUUUCUAAGAUGCCUGAGCAUGAUCUAACAUCAUGGACUAAUAUACUCACUUGCUACACGAAAGCAGGGUUGUUGGAUGAGGCAAAGAUCAUGUUUGAUGGUAUUCCUUUCGAAAAGGAUGCACAAGCUUGGACUGCUAUGAUCCAUGGUUAUAUGCAAAAUGGCAUGGUUGAUGAGGGUUUGAAAUUAUUCCACGCGAUGCCAAAUCAAGACAUGGUUGCAUGCAAUUGUGUAAUUGCUGGGUUGGUAGAGAAUGGUAGAUUAAAAGAGGCUGUAGAACUAUAUGGAAGGAUGCCAAAGAGGGAUAUCAUGUCAUCAAAUUCAUUACUAUACGGGUUGGUGCUAAAGGGAGAUAUGAUAAACGCUCAAAAGUUCUUCAAAAAUAUCAUGACUCGUAAAGAUACAGCCUCAUGGAAUACAUUAAUUUCUGGGUUUCAAACUGAGGAAGCUUUGUUAUUGUUCACCCAGAUGCUAAGACAUGAAUUCAGGCCUGAUCAAACAACUUACGUAACAAUUGUGUCUAUAUGUGGUUCACUUGCUCUACAUGGUUGGGGUAAAGCAAUCCAUCUACAAACAAUCAAGAGAAGUUAUGUGCGUGAUGUAUCCGUUUCCAGUUCUCUUAUAUCUAUGUAUUCUAAAUGUGGCCUGAUAAAUGAUGCUUAUUUGUUGUUCGAAAGUAUGGAAUAUCGAGAUACUGUGACUUGGAACACCAUGAUAGUGGCACAAGCAUACCAUGGAUCUGCAGGUAAUGCACUUGAGCUUUACUCUUCUAUGAUUCAAUCAGGCUAUAAACCUAAUCGUAUUACAUUUUUAGCACUCCUGACUGCUUGUGCUCAUUCGGGUUUAGUUAAAGAGGGACGAAAGUAUUUCAAGUCUAUGGAAAACGAGUGGCAUAUUACUCCACAACCUGAGCAUUAUGCUUGUAUGAUUGAUCUGUUUGGAAGAUCUGGCAUGUUAUAUGAGGCUUUUGAAUUAGUUAAACAUCUUACAUUAGAUGUUCCAUCUUAUGCUUGGGAGACAUUAUUAAACUAUUGUAAACUACAUGGAAAUUUUGAGCUUGGGGAAAUAGUAUCUCAGAAGAUUUUAAGUAACCACCCCAGGAAAGCAGAGAUGAACGUGCUCGUAUCGAACAUUUUUGCUGCAAAGGGCUCGUGGAAUGAUUCAGAAAAUAUUAGGACAGCAAUGAAGCAAGGGAAUGUUAAGAAAGAAGUAGGAUGUAGUUGGGUAGAACUAAGAGGAUUAAUCUGUAAAUUUGUCUAUAAUGACCAGUCUCAUUCACAAACAGAGGAAAUUUACAAGGAGAUUGAGAAUCUUUCUGUCAUUAUCAAAAAGAUUAGUAUAAUGAUAUAA